AUGGAGGAGAGGCGCCAGUACGGCUUCAGGGUGCGCCCCAACUACGGGCAGGUGCUUGGCUAUAUUCAGGAAGGGGAGCCCAUCACGUUGGAGCUGCCAAAGCGCAAUGCUUCGGUCUACAUGGCCAGCCACUUCUUCCUUGACGAUUUUCCCCAGAGCUCGGAGGCCCUGAGCGACCAACCCAUGCCCCACACCCACGUCAACCCCGCGGAGGCCUUCGAGGCCGAUGACGAGGGCUACCGCGGCCAGCCCUUCCCGCGGCCGCCUAGGGAGAUGCUUCGGCAGCGCAGCUUCUUCUCCGACAGCAGCAGCGACUUCGGGGGCGUGGACCCUGCGCAGGCGCUGCGCAUGGACGGCUUCGACGCGCCGCAGCCGCCGACCUUCAACAACCGCCUGCGCGAGUCGGGCAUCCAGGCGGCCGAGACGGCCAUCGCCGGCAUCGGCCUCGGCGCACGGCAGUUCGUCAAGGGAGCCACAAUCCGCGGCCUGGGCCGCGGCGAGCAGUGGCUGGACAGGACGCUUCGCAUUCCUAGGACGCCGGAGGGGCUGGCGCCGCCGCCGGACGAGGUGGUGGAGCCGCUGCUGGAGCGCGCCGGGCAGAGAGCGGCGCUGCAGGAGGUCAGGGCUAUGCAGGACAUAGAGGCCUUCACCCAGGGCCAGAUCCUUCGCCACCUCUUCCGACCUGACGGCCGCGGAGACCAGCCUCCAGAGUGCCAUCGACGCGAUCCUGGCCCAGCUGGCUGCAUUGACCAGGCACGGGGCAGCAAUUUGAUCAAUGCCCAGGCCUGGUCGGGGGAAAUCACCUGGGACCUGCUGCUGGGCACCAACACACUAAGGAACCUCCACUUCAACGUGCCGCUGAGCGUCAGCCUCCAGAACGACAAUUUUACGCUGAGCCUGGCCUGCGACAGCUACAGCGUGGCCGAGGCCGACGCGGCCGUCGCAGCAGCCAUCGCGACCGCCCUGGCGCCCUUCAAGACGGCGGCCCAGCGCGACGCGGCGAUCGCCGCGGCCCUGACGGCCUACAGCACUACCGCGCAGAUGGACGCCGCGAUCGCGGCCGCCGUGGCCGCCAUUGACCUCAGCCCGUAUUACACCAGCGCCCAGACCGACGUGGCCAUCACGGCCGCCUUGGUGCCGGUGACCCCGGCCAACGCCCCCGCGUGGGGCGCGAACCCGCCCACCUGGGAGCUGCUGAAGGGCACGAACGUGCUCCGGAAUCUGCACUUCGCGGGCCCCCUGAGCGCCAGCCUCCAGAACAACACCGACACCCUGGAGAUCGACUGCGACAGCUACGAGAAGGUUGAGACCUAUACCCAGGCCGAGGUCAACAGCUUGGUCUCCGGUGCCGUGGACGCGCUGAACAUCGGCCAGUACCAAACCUCGGCGCAGGUCUACGGCCAUUUCGGGGGCGUGGACACGGCCAUCGCGGGCCAGAGUGGACCUCAGCGAUUAUUACACCAGAACCCAGAGCGACUCCAGGUAUUUCCCGACCAACGCGAACCCCGGCAAUACCGAAGUGUUCACCCUGGUCCGCGACAGCGUUUCCAUCCCGAGGCAAAUCAGGGGCAUCCUACCCAGGGCGCCGCUGGCCUGGAGCUACCUCUUCUCCGGCACGCCUACUCCAAGGCGGAGGCGGACGGGCGCUACCUGAGCUCCACGGGCUACACCGGCACCUUGAACGGGCGGUACCUGGUCACCAACGCGACCACCGGCAACGCGGAGACUUUUCCAGCGGCGGUGCCCAGAACACCACCACCCCUGGCCAACUUCGGCCUUGUAGAAAACUUCCUGGGCGACACCCCGCGGCUUAGGGUGGACGAGGAGCUGUACAUCGACGACGUCUCCGGCACGGCCACGG